UUCAGAUGUGAUUGAUGAUGAUGACAUAAUCAGUUGCCUUCUUUGUCGAAGACCCACAACAACAAUGAGAACAGCAACAGUACCGUGUCACCAGCGGUUCACCCAAGCACCACCAGUGUCCAUGAACUCCUUGAAUGCCCUGUUUGUACCAAUUCUAUGUACCCUCCGAUCCACCAGUGCCAUAAUGGGCAUACACUCUGUUCAACCUGUAAAACAAGGGUACACAAUCGGUGCCCCACUUGUAGACAGGAGCUUGGUGAUAUUAGAUGUCUAGCACUAGAGAAGGUGGCCGAAUCACUUGAAUUGCCUUGCAAAUUUACUUCACUUGGAUGCCCAGAAAUAUUUCCCUACUACAGUAAACUCAAACAUGAGGCCCUCUGCAACUUCAGUCCAUACAAUUGCCCAUAUGCUGGAUCAGAAUGUGCUGCUGUUGGCGAUAUUCCAUUCCUUGUUGCUCAUCUAAGGGAUGACCACAAGGUGGACAUGCACACUGGAUGCACAUUUAACCAUCGUUAUGUGAAGCCUAAUCACCAGGAGGUAGAAAAUGCAACAUGGAUGCUAACUGUAUUUCAUUGUUUUGGCCAGUACUUCUGUCUCCAUUUCGAAGCCUUUCAGCUCGGGAUGGCCCCUGUUUACAUGGCAUUCCUUCAUUUCAUGGGUGACGAGAUUGAAGCCCGCAACUCCAGUUAUAGCCUAGAAGUCGAGGGGAAUGGAAGAAAACUCAUUUGGGAAGGCACCCCAAGAAGCAUAAGAGAUGGCCACCGAAAGGUUAGGGAUAGCCAUGACGGCCUUAUUAUUCAGCGUAACAUGGCGCUUUUCUUCUCGGGAGGGGACAGGAAAGAGUUGAAGCUGCAAGUAACAGGGCGGAUAUGGAAAGAACAACAAAACACAGAAGGUGGUGCCUGCAUACCCAACCUUUGUAGUUAGAAUGUCACAAAUGGAUCCCUGCUGCACACCCCAUGAGAUAGCCUGCCAUUUAUGUCAAAGAUUCUUGAAUUCUGUAUGGAUAUCGAAGACGUAAGCCUUCUCCAUUGUUAACAAUAAGCUUUUUUAGCUUUUCUUUUAGUUGAAAAACGUUGUAUAUAUUCUGCCUUCUCCACAUUUGGUUUCCUUUGAAGACUAAGCCUGCUGAUGUAUCAGCUAAACUGUGUAGCCUAUAGGGUGUCCCCUUUGUGUCUUACUAUUUUUGUAAUUGGUCGGCAACGACUCGAGCCAAUGAUGAUUUGAUUACCUU